CGUCAUUGAGCGUCACCCUGAGCACAUGUGAUGGCAUGAAAGGGUCUGGAGAAGCCGUGGAGAACGUUCUGCUGCCUGUAACGUUGCUCAUAAUGACUGGUUUGGUGGUGGGUCAGUGAUGGUGUGGGGACCAGAUCUAUGGAGGGACGCACAGACCUCUACAGGCUGGACAAUGGCAUUCUGACUGAAUCCUUAAGCCACUGUCAGACCCCACAUUGGUGCCGUGGUCCUGGUUCCUCCUGGUUCCUCCUGGUUCCUCCUGGUCCACAACAACGCCCAGCCUCAUGUGGUCAGAGUAUGAAGCAGCUCCUGGAGGAUGAAGGAAGUGAUACCACUGACUGAUGCUGCCUGACCUGAAUCCAGUAGAACACCUUUAGGACAUUAUGUUUUGUUGCAUCUGGUUGCUCCUCAGAACAUCUGGUCAGAGCAGCAGCCUGGUGUUGUCGGAUGGCGUCGUCAGGGAGGAACUUUAGUCCUGUUUGGUUGAUCUUUUUUGUGCCAAAUUUGAGUUUCUGUCAUGAUUUCACCUGAUUUGUGGUAGUUUUUGUCUGUUUUGUGGUACAUUUGGCCCUUUUUAUGGUGAUUUUCUGUGUUUUUUUCUGUCAUAUUUGAACCCUACAGGGUAGUUUUGGCUCUUUUUUGAGUAAUUUUGUGUCUUUUUGUGGUAAUUUUGACCAUUUUUGUUGUGCUCUUCCAGCUUUUUUAGUUAGUUUAGUUGCAGUUUUUCCCAAAACUAAUAAACGAUCAUUUUCAUUUCCCUCAAACGAUGUGGAAUCUUUCCGUUGUCACAGAGGUCUAGAUGUGUCUUAAAUUCAGCUCUCUGUAGGUUGAUUAUUUUCAUUUCCCUCAAACGAUGGGGCAUCUUGUUGAUCUGGUCCACAUCAGCGUAGAUAUCCAGCCUGUUCCUUUCCUUCAUUAAAAUAUGACGUGUUUUCAAAGUGUUCCUUUCAUUGUUCUGAUCAGAGUCCUGUCCAAGAUAUUUUAUAUCCUCCAGGUCAGCAGGUGGCGCUGUCUUCUGACUCCAGAGUCCCAGAACCUGUCGCUCCCUGUGGGUCACAUGAUGCUGUGUUUUCCGGAGGGCCGUGAAGGCAGCGUGUCAGUGGGAGUGGGUGAGAGUCUGCUAGCUGCUGCUAAAAACCUUCCGCUCCUUUUCUGGCUCAAAUCUACGAACCGGACAGCGGGUCUUCAGAUUAACGGAGGUUUUAGCGGAGGUCCGGUAACCGACGGGCUGCAGGUCCGGUCCUGGUCGGUUCUACCGGUAGAGCUGAGAUGGAGAACUGACGAAGCUGCAGCUGAACGUGAAGAAACCCUGUGAUGCUGGAUGCUGUUGCUGCUCCUGAACUCUGACUGGACCAGGAUGGUGGACGUUCUUCUCCUCUUCACGCCUCCGUUCUCCUGACAGCAGCAGCAGUGAUGGGGUUCUUCAGGCUGCUGGUCAGAACCAUGGGUCGGAUCAGCACCUUCAGGUCCUACCAGUUCCUCCUGCUGCUGGCCGCCGCUCUCGCCGUCGUGGCGUUUUACUACUUCGGCUCGGAGAGGCAGAACUUCUCCAGCACCACCAAGCGGAUCAAGCAGACCCAGGCGAGCCAGAACGCCAACCGGAACGACGCCGACCUCACCCUGGACACCCGAAUGUCCGAGCCGGCCCGGUCCGAGGAGCAGGAGGGCGGCGAGCGGCGGUACCACGCCCUGAUGAUGUUCACCAAGGUGGACAAGAACCGCAGCCUGCAGGACAAGUUCAGGGUGGCCAUGCUGUCCAUGGUGGAGCAUGGAAGCUUCCUGGAAGGAGAAGUUCUGGUGCUGCACUUUGUGAGCGACCAGGCAAGCCGAGAGCUGGGAGAGAAGAUGCUGCAGGAGCUUCUGCUGGAUGCCACCUUCAAAUACGAGGUUCUGUUCCAUGACGUGGCGGUUCUGACCCAGAAGCUCUUCCCCAUCGUGGAGGCCAUGCAGAAGCAUUUCAGCGCCGGUUCUGGAGCUUAUUACAGCGACUCCAUCUUCUUCCUGUCCGUCGCCAUGCAUCGCAUCAUGCCUGACAGUCUGACUCAUAUCGUCCAGCUGGACCUGGACCUUAAAUACAGGACCAACAUCAGGGAGCUCUUCCAGGAGUUUCAGCGGUUUCCUCCCGGAGCUGUGAUCGGCAUCAGCAGGGAGAUGCAGCCGGUCUACAGACAUACGUUCUGGCAGUACCGGAAGGAGAACCCUCAGACCCGGGUGGGAGAUCCUCCUCCGGACGGCCUGCCAGGCUUCAACAGCGGCGUCAUGCUGCUGGACCUGGGGGCCAUGAGGGCCUCGGCUCUGUACAACCGGCUGCUGGAGCCCGACAACGUGGCCCAGCUGGCCGACCAGUACCGCUUCAGGGGCCACUUGGGCGACCAGGACUUCUUCACCAUGAUCGGCAUGGAGCAUCCGGAGCUCUUCUACCUGCUGGGCUGCGGCUGGAACCGACAGCUGUGCACCUGGUGGAGGGACCAUGGCUACGGAGACGUCUUCCAGAUGUACUACCGCUGUGACGGACCCGUUUACAUCUACCACGGGAACUGCAACUCCCCCAUCCCAGACGACUGAGCUCAGAAUCUGAGCUGGAGAGGAUUAGAGCUGCUCACUGGGAGUACUGGACCUGAAUGGAGACGCGUCUGAAGCUCAAAUAGAGGAGUAACAAUGGUCUGAGCCUGGACCUGCAGAGAAGAUGGACCUCCAUCAUUUCUAAUCAUCUCGCCCUGGAUUCAUAAGAGACAUUUUCAGAGGAAAAACAGUUUCAGACAUCAGUGGUUCUUCCUAAUGAGACGUUUGAUGGACCAGUUUCUGCUGUUCAACUCAGCAUCAUCAGGAGAAAACAAUUUCUUCUUUUUAUGCAAAAUUUCAAACUCAUUUCAUGUCUUCAGUGUGUCUAAGAGACACUUCAUGUCCUUUAAAGCCGAUUUAAUGUGAUCUCUUUCUUAAAUUAAGCCAAAUAUCUGAAACCCUAGAGGACCCAGGAUGCUGCCCUGAGGGACGCCACAAGCAAACCAUUAAAGAACUAACUACUGAAACAAUGAGAGGUUGUUGUUAGUUUUGAUGGUGUUUUAGUUGACUGCAGACGCUGCCCCUUGCUGGUCGAGGGGCUCCUGAAGGGCCCCAACAUAAAAUAUAUCACAAUACACAGCGUUUAUCUGGGUUAUUUUAGAAUAUUAAAGCUGAAAACUGUUUCUGGAUCAGUGGCGGUUUGUUACUUCAGGUACUAAUAAGAUGAUGCUGAUAAUCAGAGGAACGCUGAACGGUCGUUUCUGAUAAAUAAGGACAGUGUCUGUAUGAAAGCAGCCUCAUAGAUCAGUUCAUAUAACAUAAACUAAAUCUGACCAUCCUUGAUUCGUUUUUGUUCAAUAAUUUUACUGUAUUUAAUGAGGUCGUGUAAAAACAUCAGCAUCAUCUUCAUGGACUGAUCCACUGUUGAUCUCAGUGUUUGUACAUGAACAGAGUUUCAUUUGAUGAGAAUCUAAAAGAUGAGUCUUAAUUAAACCACAUAGUGUCAGAGUCUGUAUCUUAAUUUAAAAUAAAAGGGAAUGGAAUCACUAACAGAUGUUGAAAUAUCUGGAGUAAAGAUAGAUUCAGUAGAUGGAAGAACUAAAGUUUUAUUCAUUUUCAUGACGGAACAUCAUUUCCUCUCAUUUAAGGUUCUUGGACAUUCUAAACCAGCAGCACAGAGCUCUGAUGAAGACUCUAGGUGUAGAUCUGAAUGUGUCCAAAGCUGAAGACUAAGUUUUACGUCCUCACCAGAGACGAAAAGUUCUAAACAGCAGAAAGAAUCACUGAUGUGAUAAAUCAAGAAACCAAGAAGUUUUAAAACCGCUCCAGAACUUCCAUCUUGUCGUCUUCAAACAUCUCUGAGGAUCUUGUCUGUUUGCUUCGUGUAGGAUUAGGCGAUAUGGCCAAAAAAUAAAAUCUCAAUUUUUUUUAUUCAUCUUGGACGAUUACGACUUUAAUCCAUUUUUGUUGUUUCUUUGCAGUGUGUUUGCUAUGGCUAGUGUUAGCCAUGCUGCACUCCCGUAGCUGCCAGCACUCUUCCCAUUCUUUAGGAUGCCUCUGUCCGAGGUGCUGAAAGAGGUUAGUUGUGCUGCUACUCUUCGUUUUCACAGUACUUUUGCAAACCUUGCACAUGACUGUAGUUUGCUCUGUGUCAGUCUUGUCAAAGCGGAACCACUUCCAUAUAAUCGAUGUAACAUGAGGCCCUUUUCUCGCGACCAACUCUCCGUCUGCUGUUCUGUCCGCCAUGACGGGGGUGUGAGUGUUUUGCCGGAAGGAGAUGAGAGGCGGAAGCAAACGCCAGUGCACAAGUCGUGAAAGGCAGAAGAAGAAUCUAUAUUGUUAUAUAUUUAAGCUUACCUCGAUUUUAAGAUUUGGCAAAUUUUCAAAUCGUCAGGUUUUAAAAAGGUGAAUUAAUUCGAUUUAUCACCCAACCCCAGCUUUGAGUGACCAUCUGGAUAAAAAACUGAUCUUCUCCACGUCUCAGUUCUCUUCAGACUGCAUCAGGUUGUCCUCCAGGAUUUCAUUUACCCUCUACCUUUACCAGGCUUCCAGGACAUGCUGCUAAGGAACAUCAUGAUGCUGCCUCCACCAUGCUUCACAGUAGGGAUGGUGUGUUUGUGAUGAUGUUCAGUGUUUGGUGUCCAUCAAAUAUAUCAUCUAGUCUGAUGGACAUAAAGCUCCAUCCUGUUCUCCUCAGACCAAAGAACCUUCUUCCAGGUGUCUUCAGAGUCCCCACAUGUCUUCUGGUGAACUCUAGUCCAGAUUUAAUUGGAGCUUUUUCCAUCAGAGUCUUUCUCUUUGUCUCCAUGAAGCUCUGACUGAUGAACAGACAACAGUUGUUGGAUGAACAGUCUGAAGCUGGAACUCCUUCAGAGGAGUCAUAGAGUCUUGGUGGCCUCCCUCUCUCGUCUCUUUCUCCUUCAGAGGAGUCAUAGAGUCUUUGUGGCCUCCCUCUCUGGUCUCUUUCUCCUUCAGAGGAGUCAUAGAGUCUUGGUGGCCUCCCUCUCUAGUCUCUUUCUCCUUCAGAGGAGUCAUAGAGUCUUGGUGGCCUCCCUCUCUAGUCUCUUUCUCCUUCAGAGGAGUCAUAGAGUCUUUGUGGCCUCCCUCUCUCGUCUCUUUCUCCUUCAGAGGAGUCAUAGAGUCUUGGUGGCCUCCUUCUCUAGUCUCUUUCUCCUUCAGAUGAGUCAUAGAGUCUUGGUGGCCUCCCUCUCUCGUCUCUUUCUCCUUCAGAGGAGUCAUAGAGUCUUGGUGGCCUCCUUCUCUAGUCUCUUUCUCCUUCAGAGGAGUCAUAGAGUCUUGGUGGCCUCCUUCUCUAGUCUCUUUCUCCUUCAGAUGAGUCAUAGAGUCUUGGUGGCCUCCCUCUCUAGUCUCUUUCUCCUUCAGAGGAGUCAUAGAGUCUUGGUGGCCUCCCUCUCUAGUCUCUUUCUCCUUCAGAGGAGUCAUAGAGUCUUUGUGGCCUCCCUCUCUAGUCUCUUUCUCCUUCAGAGGAGUCAUAGGGUCUUGGUGGCCUCCCUCUCUGGUCUCUCAGUCUUUGAGGACGUCUUUCUCUAGUCAGAUCUAUUCAUGUUCCAUUUUCCCUCCAUGUCAUUUUUUUUCUUUCUCUCCAGCAGCUCUAACUUCCCGUCCUGACUUCCCUCUGCUUCUUCAGCAGGUCAGAGUUCAUCUGGCGUCUUUACUUCCCACCAGAGGACUCCACGUAGCUCCUUUCAAACGUCGUCUUUCAGGUAGAGAGAAGAAAAUCUCCGUCUAAGAUGUGACCGGGAGGCUGUGAGGCUGAACUCUCAGAGACGAUGACCUACUUCUGAGUUUUCUUGCUGCUUUCACUGAACUGAUUCACAGAAAUGUCGACACUCAGUAUUCAUCAGUCAGGAAUCUUCUGAUGUUCUCUGAAACAGUGAGUCAGACCGAGGCUGCAGGACUCAGGAACAAACGUUUCUCCAUCAAUGAGCUUCCUUUGAAUUUACCUCCAAGCCAUUCAGAAGAACAGAUCUGCAGCUCUGAAGGAGAAUGAGUCAUAAAAACCACCUCCUGAUUGUACUUUAUAUCCAGACGUUCUCUGAGUUAACCGGAUCAACAGAACCUGAAGCUCCAGUUAGAAGACGAGAACCAGACGGUGGAUUUUCACUUCCUUCAGACUCUGAGCCAUAAAAACCAUCAUGUGACUCUUCUUCCAUAUGAAUCUGACCAAUCGUGUGCAGUCAGAGGUUCUACUGGUUCUACUGGUCCCACAUGUAGGUUCCAUAGAUUCUACUGGUUCUACAGGUUCUAGUGGUUCUAUAAGUUCUUCUGGUUCUACGUGUAGGUUCUGGUGGUCCCACAUGUAGUUUCCAUAGAUUCUGCUGGUUCUAAAGGUUCUGUAGGUCCUACAUGUAGGUUCAUUACCUGCACAACUUCAUUCAGAAGAAUUACUACAAGAGUUUGUUAAAAACGCUUCUUCCAGCUGAUUCAAAUCCUAAAAUCUGAACAGAACCUCCUCCAGACCAGGUUACCAUGGUAACCUAGCCGUGCAGCAUCGGAUACCAUGGUAAUCUAGUUGUUCCUAUCGGUUGCCAUGGUGCUCUAGCUGUUCCUAUCGGUUACCAUGGUGAUCUAGCUGUUCCUACCGGUUACCAUGGUGAUCUAGCUGUUCCUAUCGGUUACCAUGGUGAUCUAGCUGUUCCUAUCGGUUACCAUGGUGAUCAAGAUGUUCCUACCGGUUACCAUGGUGAUCUAGCUGUUCCUACCGGUUACCAUGGUGAUCUAACUGUUCCUACCGGUUACCAUGGUAAUCCAGGAGUCAAAAUGGAGCCUUUUUCAUGACAUUAGAAAGUAAACAUACCAUAAUAAGACAUCCAUACCUUCAUGUUCCGUCUCUCUGUUCUUCAGGUCUAAAUCUUCUUCUUCUUAGCUGCAGUGAAUAAAUCUGUAAAAUCCAUCAACUGUACGACAACGCUGUCAGAAAACCAACAACAGGAUCGACUGUAGUGUAAUUUAAUAUAAUAAAAAUAUAACAUGAUAUAAUUAUACAAUAUAAUAUACAGUCCCUCCAGGAAUUUGCGAUGUUGCGAAGAAGCUUAAAACAUCGCAACUUUCAUCGCAAUUUUUUUAGAAAAGCUGCCGCGAAUUCAGGCAUUUUUGGCCGCAACAAUCACGAAAAACGCCCGUGAAAUCCUGGAGGGACUGAAUAUAGUAUAAUCUAUAAUAAUAUAAUCUAGUCUUUCUGCUGAGUUUAGUCCUAAACUUUAAUGUGAACGUCGGCGUUCAGCAGCUGAAGGGUUCAAACUUGGUGUCUUUGUUUUAAAACCAGUUUAUCUUCAGUUCAUUCCAGUGUUCCAGCAGCUUCAGGUUUUCUUCCAAACAGUGAAAAACUUCUUCCUGUUUGUUUAGUUCUUCAGAUUUCUUCCUGCUCGGUUUCUUUAAAGGGCUUCAAACAGACGAUAGAAUCAUUCAGGAGAUGAUUCUCUGUUCACAUGAUUUUACCCACAGAAACGUAGAAACUGUCUUUGUUUUUAAUCUGAAAUGUUCCGUUUGUUUUCACUUUUUCUGAAUAAAUGAUGUGAUCACAUUCUAUUAGAGAA